CUGGAAAUAGGGGAAGUUUAUCUCCAGUAGAUCUACACGCCUCUUAGCCAGGUCAUAAAUAUACAUAUGUGCUGUUUGACUGAGAUGACAUUUCUUUAUUGAUCUGUCAUUUAAACUCUGUGCCCAACAAAAAUGAAAGCCAGAGCAGGUCUGCUUGGGGUGGCAUGUGCCUGCAUGGUGCUGCUGGUGGAGGGCUUGGUGGCAAGAAAUGCUACAACAAAAUGUAGUGCUGGAGGAAGUUGCAAACUCAAAGACAUGGUAAAUCUCACAAGACGACAGAUGAGAGACAGCUUGUCAGACUUUGACAAAGUCAAUGGGGAACACCUUGGUACUUGGUCCCCUGGCUUCCCUGAGCUGGAGGUUCACCUAAACUCUACUCUAGACGCAUCAAAAGUCCUGUGUAGCCUCACCUACAUGGCUGAAGGUCUGGAGAAAAUCUUGGAGGAUCAGAAUGAUCUGAAUCCCACAAAUAUCUUACUUCACAAUAUGCUUAGAGAAACAAUUACAUGGGUCAAGAUGCUUAAAGAUUGCAUGAAGCAUUCUUUCACGGCCAAAUGCCCAAAGAAAAUAUUGCCACCCAAGAUGCCUGAGUAUACUUUUGAGAGGAAACAGUGGAGUCACACUCUGUUGAUGUCAGCCGAGAAAUAUCUAGGUUGGCUGCAGCAUAAAAUUACAGCUAGAAAGGCCAGACAGAUGAGCAAAAAGACCCUUCAUACUAGUAGCACUGAUUCUAGAUACCUAAAAGGCAGUGUACAUCAUUUGUGAUUGUAUCGGAAAAUAGUUCGUUUCAAAUGCUGAUCUGAUUACAAUUAGUGCCUUUAACUUCACCAUUAGUGACUUUCAUUCAUGCAGCAAUUAUUUCUUUUUACUUUUGCAAGACUAUAAUAAUUAAAAGUAGGUUAUAUAAUUAAAAAAGUAAUAAUUUUAAAAUAAACUGACAACUCUAAUGGUACAAUUUACAUAAACUCUUAGCCUUGUGUUUAUCAAACAGCCAAUAUGACUCACAUAUUUAUCUUUUAAGUGCACAGUUCAGAACUAGUUGGUCUAAUUUAGACAAUAAAUAGCUGCCAUUUAGCAUAGCAAUACGGAAAAAAAUACUAAGGAUACAUUUCCAAACCAAGACUUAAAAUUAUAAUAAAAGUGGCAAACGUCAAAAUAAAAUGGAAGUGAUUACUUGCUAAAAGGAAUAUUCUCGUACUUCUAAGCAUUACUGUUAUGCUAACAUUAAACUAGCUAUACUUCCUGGGCAUCAUUUCAUCUACAUGGACCAGUUCACUAAAAUUAAGACAUUGCUACAUACAAGCUAUAUCAGAAAUGGCUUUGUUUUAUUAAAUUUGAUAACCCCCAGGAAUUGACACAUCUCUUUGUGACUGUAAUUAAUCAACUUGAUGAGAAGGGGUUCUAAUGCACUUCCUAAUUACAGGAAGGGUGUUUUCUUAGGCUUCACAGUGAUUAAUUGUUUUGCUCUGGUCACCCAUCCCUUUGAGAAGGCCAAACUGCCUGAGGGGAAAAGUUAAUCUGGAAGAAUCACUUUCUGAGGGUUGUUGGUUUAGCCUUUAAUCAACAAACUGAGCAGGAAAAUUUGCAGCCAGGUGGGUAUCUGGGCUUGCAUCAAAGAAAUAAGAAAACAAUACUGGAAAACACAAGAUGAUUCAUUCUGGUCUCAUCCUCAUCACAUCAGGUGAUGAAUUCAUUCUUUGCUAGUUAUUCUUUUGCAUGACAGUUGCAUUAGUGUUCAAAAUGUGUAACACUUCUCCAGACUUAAAUUUAUUUUAUCAAUGUGCUGAUCCAUAAUCAUGAAUGGUAUAUAUAUGUUUUGCUG